AUGCCAGGAACAGCUGUUCAAAUCACAGUUGAAGGAAAGAAAAUUCCAGAAUAUCAAGACCCAGAAAUAUUAAAGAGUGAUAUUUCUUCUUUUGUUCUUGAUCUCAGAAGAAUUGGAAUUAGAUUUGAAACGCUUUAUAAACUUCCAGAUAAAGUUCCAAAAGAAAAAGUCAAUUCAAUCAUUAAUAUGUUGAAGAAUAUUGGUGCAUUAAAUCAAACCACAGGAAAUCUUACAAAUGAUGGAUUUAUGUUAUCAUCAUUCAGAAACUUUUCUCCGUUUAUUUCAGCAUCAAUUUUGAAUCUUUCAAGAAAUUACUACGAUGGCGAAGUUACACCAAUGUUGCUUGCAGCUUUGUCCUUAAAACUAAUAUCAGAUGAUAUUAUUUUAAAUAAUUUAUGUCCAAAAUUUGUCCAAAACUUUAAUUACGAAUCUGACCUGGACACAAUCAUGAAAACAUUCAUUGAAAUGGUACUUAAAAGAAGAAAGAUUACUGAAAUUGAUCCAGAUUUUGGAUUCCAUCCAAAGAAUGCUACACAGAUUGUUGGAGAAAUAUUUGAUCUUUCAGAAACAUUGGAUAUAGGUGAUACCGAAGAUUUGUGGACAAAUAUUGACAAGUUUUAUCAAAACUGUGAUUUUGUUCAUACUUUUUGUCAAAGAUUAUUUGAUGAAAUCGAAAAGAAUUCCGAAAAUGGUGCAUGGAUAACUGCCAGGAAAGCUGAAUUAGAUAUGAUUUCGAAUACCAAGUUGGAGCCUGAAUUUAGAUUCAAAGCAGAUGAAUGUCAUUCAUUUGAAGAAACGGAGAAACUUGAUGAAAGCAACAAAUUUGCCGAAUAUAUACCAUCAGAUGACAAAGAAAAACAAGAAAGCUAA